AUUGAACCAACCCCCAGACGUUUGCUUCGCCGCGAAUGCACAGCCCGCCAUCGGUGGAGAACGAGCAGCCCAGGAAGAAGCUACGCAUGGAGAACGAAGGUGCCCAGAGAUGGAGUUGGCCAUACCGGGUGGAUGAGAUCGCAGGAAGUGGCCUUGGAGAUUGCUUGGCCAUCACGGAUGAUACGAGGCAGAUCACUUGGUCCGAACUCUCUCGGGCUUCCAAGGUGGUGGCCAAAUCGCUGAAGAAGCUUGGCCUCACUGGCACGCCACGAUCUGCGUAUCGUCGCAAUGGAGAAGCAGCGGAAGCACCUGCACCGAUGGUGACGAUGCUUCCCCACAACCUGGAGAGUGUGAUCAUCCUCCUUGGCGUCUUGCGUCAGGGCUUUCCUCUGCUGCCCUUGAGCAUCACUCACAACAACAGGAGCCAACUCUUGUCGCGCUAUGAGGACGCCAUGCUCCUCUUCGAGCCUGUAGCCGCUGUGGUCACGGACACACCCACUGGGCAGAACCUGAUGAUGGAACUGAAAAACUUCCGUCCCGUGUUGCAGGUCAUCUCAGCCUCUGACUUGCUGAACGGUGAGACUUCCGUGGAGGACUAUGAGGACGUGGUCACAACGACGGAUCAUGUCCUUUCCUACAUCUUCACCAGUGGCUCCACAGGCAAGUCCAAGUGCGUUGUGGCCACGAACCGAAUGGCCUGGGCGGAGUGCCAGUGGUACCCUGAGCUCUUCCAGAAGUUGGGCUACCAGGUGGAUCCGCGGAAGGAUCGCUGGCGCUUGGAUCACGAGAUGGGCUGGUGGGGUGCGGCCUUCUUCGGUGAGGUGGACGUGGCACUGGCGAUGGCCAUGUGCAUCGUGAUGAUGAAACCCACGGACCCCGACUGGGGCCACCGUGGCGUCACUGUCUCGGGAGCCCUGCCGUCUCAGUUGGUGCAAUCCUGCUGCCCGCAGACACGUUUGGCUCACAACGGUCCGUCUCGUAGCGGUCCGAAGGUUGCGCCCAGGGCGCGGACCAAAACGGCAAAAGUUUACGUCGCCCCCGAGGAAGACAUGGCCGUGGUGGGCGAAGCAAUAAAUGUCGAGAAUCAACAGGUUGUGGGCACGCCAGUGAACCUUGCGACCGCUGACAAGAACACAACGAGCUAUGUUAGAGCUCCAGAGGAGCCCUGCUGCUGGGAGCAGUGCUUGAUCGGCACCUGCUUCGGCCCCGUGGGGCCCUGUUGCGCUUGUUGGGGCUUCUUCUUGUUGGGCUGGCUCUUCACCAUGAUCUUCAUGAGGGAGGUGGUGAAUCAAGGAACGGACAUUUUUUCCUUUGAGGAUCCAGCUGUAAAGAGUGAUAUCAAAGUGCAGGAGUAUUACGGCUUGCAAGCGGCUCUGGGUGAACGUCCGGGCUGCUCCGAUUCGGCCCAUGAAGCAGAGGCUGUCUGCAACGCAGACGAAGCCUGCGUUUGGGAAACGAACCCCCGCAGGGGAGACCGAUGUGUGGACAAGGAAUGUCCCGGCACGCCUCCACGCCCGCGGGAGGCGCCCUUGUACUUAGACUUCCUGCCGGCCUUCAUUAGCGUCAUCUACGAGGCGCAAGGGGAGAACGGCAACAUCUUGGACGACGAUGUGUUGCAGGUGAUCAUGGACUACGAAAAGGAACUCUUUACGGACGUUGCUGGUGCUCAAAUGGACUACAAGGGUGAGAAGCGGGCGUCCAAAUGGACUGACGAUUGGUGCCUGUUGAGCUAUCCCCAACUUCCCAUGGGGCAGCCCAAGUGCGCUUCAGGCGUGGGUCCAAUGAACAUGUUUACCAUGAAUGCUGCGGGGCGCGCCACGACGAAGCAACAGAUCCUCUCUGGGCACCAGAUGAUGGGCGGAGGACCCAUUGCCUGCAUGUGUGGUGAUUCGGAUGCCUGCAGCAUUUGCAAUGCGGACGGCAGUGUCCUGGGUGCGCCUGCCACAAACAAUAUGACGGAAAUCAUGAUGAACGCCCAGUCCAUCCUGGCUGCGUGGCCCGUAGAUGUGACUCAGUGCAUCCUAGCCUUCACCGCGUCGUUAGAGUCGACCAUGGCUACCAUGACCACCACCACCACGACAACCACCACGACGACCUCGCGGGAUUUGUUCCUGGAGAACUGUGCGUUGGAUCAAGGCUUUCAGGGAAGAAGAGCAGUGGAUCUGUCAGACACCAAUGCCUACCUGGCUAUGGUGAUUGCAACUGUGGUGGGACAAUGCGCAUCUGGCAACAGCUGCCAGCUGUCGCCCCCCGGGACCUCAAUGACCUGCGCCAGCAGUGCCUACUACCCGGCUACGGAUGCCGUGGGCUUGGUGACGGCCGCGGAGAAAGAGGCCAUACUGGCGAAGUUGUGUGAUCCGCAGCAGACCCUGUGGUUCAACGCCAAGAACCAGUUCUUGCCCAUCUCCUUUGACUGUGUAGGUCGGUCGAGCAAGUAUGCCAUGUCUCGCUUCUUCGCAGGAGCUCCCACGGAAGACCAGGAAGAAGAUGCCAAGAUGUUCACCACAGGCUAUGUGGAGGCCCGCAACGGUUGGUUCCAGAAGGCCGCGCAGAUCGAGGCCAAAUACGAGCGGGAACACGGCACCAAGUUGCGCAUUAUGCUCUUCUCGGGCGCCACGCUGAUUGCUCAAUAUCUUCAGAUCUUGGCAAUUGAUGGUUUCCUUUCCUUCGGUUCUUUGAUCUCUGUGUGGGCGUACAUGUGGUUGAUGCUUGAGAGUGUCUUCCUGGCCUCAUGUGGAAUGUUUGAGAUCGUUUUCUCGCUCCCAGUGGGCAUGUGCCUUUGGGUCAUCAUUGGACAGCAGAAGAUCUUCUGGUACCAGAUGUUGGUAAUCUACAUGAUUCUGGGCAUUGGCGCCGAUGAUGUCUUCAUCCUCUAUGAUGCAUGGCUCCAGAGUGCCCACGUGGAAGGCGUCAAGGAGAGCAUGUCCCAUCGCUUCGUUUGGGCAUAUCGCCGGUCGGCCAUGGCCAUGUUAGUGACCACCCUGACCACCUGCGGAUCCUUCGCCAUCGGAGCGACCUCGCCCCUGCCCUUGGUGCAGAGCUUCUGCAUCUUCGCGGCGGUGGUGGUGCUGGUGGAUUACCUCUUCUGCAUCAGCUUCUUUGCCGCUGCAGUAUUGGUCUAUGAGAAGUUCAUGAAGGGCUACGGCUGCUGUUGCAGCUUCUGCGGAAUUCCUGUUCGGGAGCCGGGCACCUGCCUGGGCCCCGGCUGCUGCUGGGGCGGCUUUCGGGCCCUCUUCAGCUGCUGUGGCACCAGCUGGAAGUGCAUGCCCAAGCCGCAGGCCAAGGACGCACCAUUGGAGAAGCGCGCGAUGGAACGCUUCUUCUCAGGACCCGUGUUCCGCUUCUACGACCGGCACAAGAUCAAGCUCAUUAUUUUCUGGCUCGUUGUGGUGGUCGCCAUGUCCACAUGCGCGGGAGUCUUGCUGCGCACCGCCAAGAAACAGGCGCCCAUUGGCCGAGAAAACAUCGAUGUCAUCAAGGGCUCCGAGAUUUUGUUUGGCGAAUUCGAGUUCUCUCCGACCCCCGAGACCGUCUCGAUCGCCUUCGGCCUCAACGAGGCGGGCCAUGAUGGGAUGAAAAUCCAUCAGUUUCACUGA